AUGGACGUCUCUUCGGAGGAUGAGGAUGAAGCAGCCCACCCGCGCAAAAAGCGUGCGGUCGAUCCCAACAAUAGCGGCACCGCGACGGCUGCUCCAGCACCACCACCACCUGCCCCCAAAUGGUCCAAUCCCGACCCCUAUACUGUCUUGCCUCCUCCGGACGAGACCCAGUCGAAGAGAGUGGACGUCGUCAAAUUGAUUCGCAAGGCCCGCAUUGCUGCAACCGCGGCACAACCCACACAGGAAGAUGCGGUGAAGACCAACGAGGACUUUAUCUCGCUAAGUGGCUUGGUUGAUGAAGAUGAAGGCGGUGGAAACGCGCCCGAAGGAGCGCCAACCGGUCCUAGGCGCCAGCUAGAGGGUAAAGACUCGGCGUUUGGAAGCAGAAAGAGGACAUACGAUGAUGAGAUCAAGGGUGUCUCUAAGAAGACUGGGAAGCCGUUGAGCAAAUACUAUGAUGAUGGCUCAAUUAUUGACGAGUGGAGAGCCCGUUCAUCGGAAAAUGCAACACCGUGGGCAAGUAGCAUGGCUCCCAGUCUGCAUGUGGGCGCAAGAUGUCAUUCUGACCAAAGCAGGCUGCACAAUGAGAUUCUGAGCUUUUACCACUGGGUCAAACCGGUGCGCUAUGAACAAAUCGUGCGAGAGGACUUGGUGGCGAGGCUACAGGCUGCAUUCCAGAGCAGGUACUAUGGGGUGCAGCUUCGGCCAUUUGGCUCCUUUGCCUCGGGUCUAUACCUACCCACCGCCGAUAUUGACCUUGUUCUGCUCUCCACAAACUUCAUGCGCAACGGUAUCAAGACAUUUGGUGAACGGAAAGGCCAGAUCUACGCAUUCUCUGCAUUCCUGAAGAACCUGAACAUAGCGGUGCCCAAUUCUAUCGAGACGAUCGCACAUGCCCGAGUACCUAUUCUGAAGUUCGUGGAUAAAUUGACCGGUCUGAGAGUGGACUUGUCCUUCGACAACGACAGUGGGCUAGUGGCCAACGAAACCUUCCAGCAGUGGAAGGCUGAGUAUCCUGCGAUGCCUGUUAUCGUGUCUGUCAUUAAGCAAUUCUUGCUUCUUCGAGGCCUCAAUGAAGUCCCAACUGGCGGCUUGGGAGGGUUUUCCAUCACUUGCCUCGUCACAAGUCUUUUGCAGCACCUGCCGCAUGGCCAUGGGACGCCAAAUUUGGGCAGCGUUUUGAUGGAUUUCUUCGAGUUUUACGGUAACGGUUUUGAUUACGAUUCCGUUGGAAUACGCUUCAACCCACCGGGCUACUUCAAUAAGAGAGUCUACAAGCUUUCUUUCAACAACAGUCCCCGUCUGUCGAUUGAGGACCCCAACAAUGCCGACAAUGAUGUCUCUGGUGGAACACGGGAAAUUGCGUUGAUUUUCAGAGCCUUCUCAGAAGCCUAUCAACGUCUCAAGGAGCGCAUGAUAUCCACAGCCACAGCAGGCCAGACGCAGGCCAGCAUUCUGGAAGCCAUCAUUGCUGCAAACUAUGAAGAGUACACCGAGCAACGGUGGCAGCUCAAGCAGGUCUUUGACACCGACGAAAGAUUUGCCCGGUACCGUCGGGCUUCCACUCCUCCGCCGCCUCCUCCCGACUCUCCUCCGGCUGAUGCGGCUCCACCGCUCCCUCCUAAUCCCCCUCCUGCUGCACCAAAGUCGCAGAAGGAUAAGAUGACCAAGCUACAGAAAAAGCAACAAGCUGCACGGGAACGUUCGGCUCGUCUCAAGCGCUUGCGUCCCGACAUACCAUCCAUUCCCUAUUCGAUCAGCAAUGAGCAGGCUAUCAGUCUAGGCGGCUACAAGUCGCAAUCAGAUAUGGACAGAGACCUUUUGAUGCGAGAGAAGGGGAUGUAG